AUGCCAGCGAAAGGCAAGGAAGUUCCUUUUCAAUAUUUACGAGCAGCAUUUAGCUGGUUGCAAUGCAAGCGCUUACUGUCAAGAAUAUUGCCAAAACGAGCAGUUGAACCAACUGGUGUAGGUACAGAUCAUCAAGCAACUAACAUGUCUUAUCGUCGAAAUGGUGCCAUUGCGUCAGUAACUGCGGCCACAUCAUCCUUAAUUUAUGCAUCAAGUAAGUGCGGAUCUCCUGUGCGAGCUGCAAAAACUCUGGAAUGGUAUCUUCCAGAUGACCUGCUUCUAAGGACUAGUGAAUCGCAAAAUAAGAAGGAUGUUUCUCUAUCAUCAGGUAAAUAG